UGCACAUAAACGCUCAGAAGACUCGUGUAGGUUCACUGGUGGCUCUGGACAGUAAACAAAGUGGUCAUUCUGGCUCCGGUCACAACGAGUAGCGCGCAAUUUUGGACACUCGGUGGACUUCCCCUGUGAGAGCCCGCGCGCGCGUGCAGGAAUUCGAGAAUGACACAGCGAGGCGCGUUCACGCCGUUAAUCCGCGUGCACGUCGGGUUUUAAGGCAUUUCCAGAGCCUUAAGUUCGGUUUUCCCACACAAACGCGUUUCCAGGUCGGGACUCGGGGUGAGAGCGAGCGCUGGGUGAAUGUCGGGGGCGUUAUUUUCACCCCACCCCUCAGCCGAGUCACAUGAGCGGCUAUGGCAGAGUCGGCUCCUCUUACUGUUUACCUCCCGUUCCACCUUAAACGGUGCGGCAGUCACAUUCAGGCGCCUGAGGGUGCACCGUUUAAGGUGGAACGGGAGAAUUCGAUCAAGACGCCGGCGAGCAGGAAGCCGACUCCAGCCUCGUCCGAGUGAGCAAAGGUCACCACGCCUUUUCACCGACGACUCCGCCGCCCUGCCGACCUCCUGCCGGGUGGACGACCCGGCUGUGGUCAGCCUGAAGUGUCCGGGGAGCGGCCAGGCAGCGCUCGCGCUGUGGACCUGGAGUUUCUCUCCACAGAUAAACUUCAUCGAGGACACUGGACACUGGCUGAGUCACUGGCUACGCGGUGGUCAGCAGACUGAGGAGCUUCAAUAUGAGGACCUCCUGAGGGUGACCACCCUGGGAGCUCGGCGUGAGUGCCUUUUUAACGGACAUAUGUGUGUUUCUGCGAUCACAGGCCACUUUUUUUGGUAUACAUGCUCACAUUUCUAGCGUGAGGCACUAAAAUACUACAUUAUCAGGACACUAGGGUUCUGUACGAGACACAGUUUGGGUCAAAAUGCCACAUUCAAGCCUUGUCAAGGUCCCACGCGUGAUUUCCAGCUUCGAAUGUAUAAAAAGAAGUUAAUGAAGUAUAAAAGAAGUUAAUGAAGUAUAAAAGAAGUUAAUGAAGUAUAAAAAUGAGCCUUUAAAGGAUGUUUUCAGUCAAAACUGCACUGGAUAAAUGUUAAAUAUUUUAAAAUAAUAUAUUUUUCUUGAUUGGUCAUUUAUGUCAUUAGUUUUCUAUGAAUAUGACUCAUAUUUAUGUCCUGACCGGGGACCAAAUGACCUGAAACAGAGCUGUUUUCAAACUUACGUUAGAUGGAAACAUGCUUCAGCCAAAGAACCCGUCGACAAGUGUGGGAAAUCUAAUCUGGCUUCACAGAAAUGCAGAGUGUAUUUUCAUAUUCAGUAUGUUCUCCAUGUCCUUACCACACAACUGUUAGGCAUUUAAAACAAUUUCAGCUCCAGAUACAUAAGAAGGUGGUGUUUUGUAAAGAUUCAUUUAGUUCGGAUGAUAUUUACUCAAAUUGUAUCACAUUUUGUAUGGCUAGUAAUUUGUAUUAGACUUAAAAUGUAUCGUUGUGAUCCGUUUUGAGCCAAGAGGGCCUGUAGUUGCGGAAACACCCAUAGAUGUGUAAAAGUGUGAUGCCACCAUGAUUGGCUCUCCGGACUUGCUCGCUUUCACUGCAGAGACUGAUUUCCGAGAACCGCCCACAGACCCACUUGCGCUUCCAGAGGAACUGUCCAUCCCACUGUGUCCUCACUCAAGCAACUCUUCACCAUGGACCAGGACAUCCAGAGUUAAAUUCAGUAAAGAUUUUAUUCUGAUAGCUGAGUUUUCAGAGCAGGUUGGCCCCCAGCCCUUACUCACGAUCCCCGAUGAAACCAAGGCCUGUGGCUCAUUUGAUCUGAACCACUUCUCCCUCAGGAUCAUGUCAGUGGACUAUCAGACGUCCUUUGCAGGCCCGUUAGGUUCCAGCAAUGCAAAGCUGAAUUUUGUAGAAGAUGCAAAAGUGGUUUUGGGGGAGUCCAGGGAAGGAGCCUAUGCUUAUGUGCACCACCUGACACUGUAUGACCUGGAGGCUCGUGGUUUCGUACGGCCGUUCUGCAUGGCCUACGUGUCCUCCCAAGAGGAAAAAAUAAUGCAUCACUUCCCUCAACUGUCCGCUGAGUUCUCCAAGGUGUCAGAGUGCUUGAAGACCGGAAACAGGAAGAACUUUGCCAAUGAACUGGACAAAAAGCUGGGAGACCUAGAGUAUACCAGACUGAUAUUGCUGAGAGAGAUAAGGAGAGAGCAGCUAAGCAGUGAACCUGUCAGUGAGAUCAGUGGAGGUGGGGAAGAGAUGGUAAAUGGCAGAUUUGCAUGGCAGAGAGUAAAUGAGGAUAAGAAAGGGAACAGUAGCUUAUCGCAGACCAGAGAGGAAGAGAAAUUGAAAGAGAAAGAGGGAUGUGAGUUUUCAGUUGAGGAAGUAGGCAAAAGUAAAGACAUGUCAGGGCUUGAUAAAGGGAACGAAUCCGGCUCAGUUGUGCUGAGCACUGGAGCAGAUGGGGGAGGAAACAACAGAUCAAAGAGAAAGGAGAGGUUUGAGAGCCUGAAGGAGACAGAGGAAGGCCAGAGUGCAAGAUUACGGUGGCCUGAUAAAGCAGCGGAGUUGGCUAGUGUAGAGAAAGCCAUUCAGGAACACAGAAGCCUUUUGAAACAGGUCACCUCGUACCCAACCAGGAAGCUCCGAGAUCCAGAGUUUCUUCCCUAUGAGCCAGACGAUGCACCCCACACUUUGGAACCAGAUCCGAACCCCUACACACAGCAUUCCCUAAUCCCUGAGCCAGGAGUGGAGUGCAGUGUUUUCACACAUACAUCUUCACGCCCUCCACAGCUGGUUAGCUCGAGCUCAUGUCGCCGAUUUGACAAGCGUCUUAAGAAUCUGGAGGAGCUAUGCGAUGAAUACUUCCUCCAGCAGGCACUCAAACAGCUUCGCUCCAUUGAGAAGAAUUUCCGUGGAGACAGCAGCUACCUCUUCACACGCCAGCUCACCCAAAAGUUGCUCCAGCAUCUCAAAUCCACAAACUUCCUAUUUGAAGAACCAUGUGACCUGGUCGUGGAGACAGAGCAGCAGCUCCACAAGCCCGAAGUUCGGCCAUCAUUGCUCCUUCCUGUUUCUCCGCUGCAGAGCGAGCCUGUAAGCCUGGAGUCGUACACCUCCUGUGUGGAAAUGGUGCCAAUCAAGCUUCAGGUCAGCAUGAAUGGACAGUUUCUAGCUGAGCCCAACUCUGUUCCAUCAUCACCUUGUUGUGAUGACUUGGCUUUGGUAACAGAUGCCCCAACAGAAUGUGACUGUCAGGACAGGGAGGGAGUUCCCAUACAAAUGAAGGACAGCAUAAGCAGUGGGGAGAGUAUUGAGGUUCUUGGCACAGAGAAGUCAUUCAGAACUCAGGGAACUCAUAUUUCUAUAGAAACAGUGCCACUGAGACCCCUUUCGUUUCCUGCACCUUUCCUAGAAGGUCGGAAACGAAGGGUGGCCACUCAACGGACAAACAGUGAGGACAGCAUUGAGGUGCUCAGCACUACUGACUCUAUCAUACCGGAUGAUCUGCGGGCCUCCUACCCCUCUGCUAUACAUGAGGAAACUUCAGAGUGUGAGGGAGAGGAGAAAGACAGGACUUCAGGUCAGGAGGACAAAGGUGUGGAGGGGUGUAGGUGCAGCUCUGGGGAGGCAGCUCCGGCCGAGGGAGAGGAGAAAUGCAACAACUUCCUGAGAACUCCUGGUACCCCUGACACCCCCACUAUCGUUUUAACCCCACCUGACCCUUGCAUAGACUUUGCCCUAAAUAAUGUCAACUAUCUGGACUCGCAUACCAUGGCAGGCCCUCUUUUUCCUAUGGUUGAUGCAGGGUCUCUUCAAGAGGGGCCUUUACAACUUUUGCGAGAUGACUUGUCAGAUUGCACCAGUUACCUCAGCCUCGCUUCCACAGCCUCAGAAUUCACUCUCUCUCCUGAUCUCCACUGGGAGAAGAGUGUGGGCGGAAGUCGACGAAAGCGUGCCAGAUUAGGACGCACUGCAUUGCGUUUCUUGCGCCAGUUUCCUUUUGCAGUGCAUGCAGUGUACAGCCUGCUGAGCGGGCGGACACUGGUGGUGCUCGGCAGUGAGGAAACUGUGGUUAGACGUUGGGUUACAGCGCUGACUAUCUACACUCCACAUGUAGGCAAGUACAGAGAGAGCAUCCAGCCCUGGACAUCUGACCCUCUACAGAUCACCGAUCUGCUAACCUGGAAACUCAUCGGCUUUAACAGGAUGGCAUCUCCUACUUCACCCGGCAUGCCUCCCUGCUUAGUCCGCUAUAGCCGUUACCUCAGUGUGCUGGAUGUGGACCAGAGGACGUUGCGGUGCCCAGCCUACAGAGGUUCCCUCAUUUGUCCACUCGUUGAGCCAAGGACCCAGAUUGUUCAUGGCACCACCUACUACCUGUAUGCACAAAGUGUAAUCAGCAAGAUUGUCUCCAGAGCAUUCCUGCUCACCUUCUGUCACAGCCUCCACCUUCCAAGCAGCCAGAGCGAGGUCAGUGCAGAGCGCUGCUACUGUGACCUUCACGACGACGAUAUGAAGAUACUCAAUUUCCUUUCAGAGCUCAUCGCACUGCAACUCACAGAUAACACGCCCAGGAUCCUUCGGUUCAGCUACACCGCCAGUACAGUUUUCAAACUCUGAUCCAGCCGUGUGCAUGUGUACUAUGGGUGCAUCCACAGUGCAAUUCCAAUUUACUGCUGUUUGGUUGUUCAUAUUGUGGUCCUGAACUGAGCCAUAAGUACAACGCCUCAGUCAUUCACAAGUAAACAAGCACAACUGAUGCAACACACACCCACAGCUGCGCUUCAUCUUUCCUUAAUUCCACCCUUUGCCGAAUUAUGACGAAAUGGAAAAGGCAUGAAUUCCAAUCGGGCUAUUAAAAGGUGGCACUGCCACAGAUUAGAUAUGCGUCAGACUUUAGCAUCACAUAUGCAAGCAGCCCAGAUCAGACAUGAAAAUGUGCUUUUGACAUUGUUGUUCAAACUGUCAUUCAAAAACAAAACCAGGGGAACAAGAAUUGAAUUUUGCAUUUAUCUAAAAACAAUGCAGCCAGUUCAGUGCUGAGCAGGACAAAGGCCAAAAGGAGUAAUUUCAUUAAUCCCCAAAUCUACAUUUCCUUCUGAUUAUUUUAUUCAGAUCCACAUGUGCUCCUGGUGGAGCAUGCAGGAGCACAACUGACUUAGUGCGCCCAAGCCCGGGGGGGGGGGCGCAUACUGGCAGGACAUUCGGUGAGCUUUUGAGUAGACCAAGUUGGUAAACGUGUGUGUACUUAAAAUGCUCCACAUAAUGCUUUAUAUUCAUAAAGAAAUAAUUGGAUAUUAUGUUCAUAAUAAUGUGGAUUAUCAGCAUUUGGUCAUACAGUGAUGAUAAGCCACGAGCAUAAUUAGCUGCUUAAUCAGAACAAUGGCAUUACUCAGGGUUCAUUAAACACGACUGAUUAAUUACAGGGGAAAUCCACCGAUUUUUAAAUUUCUGUGUAAUUCAGUGGUUGAGAUGUAGUCACAGAGUGGUUCACUGAGAAACUUGCAGACACAGAUCUUUACAGUGGUGGCAAUGGGAACCAGAGGUUUAUAGAGGAAUAUAGUUUAAUAUCGUCCCAAACAUCUUUCAUGUAUAAUGUUGGUGGUAAAUCUUGGGGGUUUUAAUCUGGGUAUCAUCAUAGAAGCUUCUCAAAACACUGUCUCAACCAUUUCACAUAUUUCUACAGUGCAGCUUCAGCACUCGCAACAAUUUUGACAAGCACAUUUUUCUGGAUAAGAGCACUAAAUGAAACCACUCUAAACUGUCGAGAUGUAAGCAAAGUCAGUCAAUUACACAGAAAUGUUUGUGAAAUCAGAGCGAUUCCCUUUUAAACUUGCAAAAUCUCCAUGACUACGACUGGUAAGCUUUUUUUUUUUUUUUUUGGAAAUAGUGUUUACAACCCAACACAUGCACAAAGCUGCAUUCUCCUAUUUUGAAACUUGAUUUUUUUUCUCAGCCUUUUCAUUUUACACAUUCAGAAGAGUUAAUUAAUACGCAUCAGUUACCAAACUGUCCUUAUAUCAAGAGCCCUUGCCUUCCACAUGCUGCUUCAUAUUAAAGUGCCUUGUUAGUGCUGCUAGGCUUGGUAGUGCUGUACUUGAAGAGAAACACUGGUAUAUUAAUCUUUUUGAGGUCUUGCUGAGAGGCUCAUGGAACUGUUCAGCUCUGUGUGUCAAUACAAAUGUGAGAAACAGCUGUUUUGAAACAUCCUGUCAGAACUGAAAUGUAUUUUUUUAAAUAUCAGAUAAUAUAUUCAAUAAAGAGUGUUUAAAAAUA